CGUAAUGGCUGGGUGUUGUGAAAGAGUUUUUCUCCGUGCCGGUCCUAUAUAACCUGGCGAAUGUUGGGAUUUUUAUUUCAUUACCUUUAAAAACCACAAACGUGUAACACUUGCCGAUGGAGCGCAGAACAAAUCUCUUACUGUGAUAAAACAAAGUUUUUGAACUCUGGGAAUAAAAAUCGUUACUUUUUCAAAAGAAAACAAAAAAAAGACAAAAUAAUUCUUGAUGGCGGAAAAGAAAUAUUAAUGUCGCCUCAACAACAAAAGAAGUUUAAAUUGAUAAAAACAACAACAAAUCAAUUUAAAACCAGCGAGCCUGGAGAGAUAACGGCGACAAUUGCUGUGGAGCGGUGGUGAUGGUGGGAUUCCGUCUAUCAAAACAAACUGAAAUUCUUUGGCUGUGCGGCAGCAUCAACUUGACCCAAGUGAAAUGAAGUGUGAUUACAGAACUCUGGACCAUAUCCGCCGUCGCAUAGCCCGCAUUUGAAAUAAAAGAUAAACAAAUGCAGUGACAACAACAACAAAAUUCUUGAGGAGAGGAAAACGAAAGACCUCAGUGUCUUUUCUUGAUAAUUACGACUCCCUUUCUUCUCGGCUCACACUCAGUUAGAGGAAGAGAGCGUACAAAAUCGAUUUCCUGAGCGGUUAUUUGAGAUCACCAAAAAGAGACUGGUGAGUGUGGGAGAGAAAAAGUACAAAAAAUAAUAUUCCCAACAACAGAGAAUAGCACAACGACCGACCCUAACCGAUAAUUUCAAUCUUGAGAACACCACAAAGAAGAAGAGGAAGAGGCAUAAGAAAAAAAAAACUAAAACAGAUAAACAACAAUCACAGAUUUCGCUUUGAGGAACUGUAAGCUAACCAACCAGCCACCAGUCAAGGUUUGUGCGAGUUGGGACAAAGAUAUUUUGCGCGCUUUCUUUCGCCUUUCGCAUCCAAAAAAAGAAAAGAAAAUGCAUUUUUCCCAAAUAUUUUUGGUGUUGUGGUGCGGCCUAUCGCUUCGAAGUAGAGUGCUUGCUGCAUCAGCAGCCGUUUCCUCGGCACCUGUGAUUAGUGAUAUAACUCCCGAUUUGGUGGCCAGUGUGGGAGAUGAUAUUGAAUUUAAUUGUACGGUGGAAAAUGUGGGUCGCAUGUCGGUCAGCUGGGCCAAGCGUACCAGUGAAAUUGGUUCGGUGGUCCUCUCCAUGAGAAAUAUUCUAAGUUUAAGUGAUCCUCGCUACACCAUUGUGGAGACCAACGAUGACAAGGCCAAUAAGGCCACUUACACUUUUAAGAUUACCAAAAUUGAGGCCACCGACAUGGGUGCCUAUGAAUGUCAAGUCAUACUCACGGCCACCGACAAAAUUACCAAAAAACUUAAUUUGGCCAUCAAACAUCCAGCCAUAAUAUCCGAGGAAAAUACUCCCAAAUCCAUGCUGGUUACAGAGGGACAAAAUCUUGAAAUAAGCUGUCAUGCCGAUGGAUUUCCCCAGCCCACCAUUUCGUGGGAACGUGAAAAUCGUGCCAUUAUGCCAGCUGGUGGUAGCAGUUUUGAUGGCCAAACAUUGCGCAUCAAAGAGGCACAUCGCUUAGAUCGUGGUGGCUACUAUUGCAUUGCCUCAAAUGGUGUGGGCCAACCUGAUCGUCGUCUCAUACGGGUGGAAGUAGAAUUCCGUCCCCAAAUAUCCGUACAACGUCCUAAAAUUGCCCAAAUGCUUAGUCAUGCUGCCGAAUUGGAGUGUACUGUACAAGCGUAUCCUGCUCCUGCCGUUUUUUGGUAUCGCAAUGGAGCCAAACUUCAAUCUGGUUCGAAUUAUAAAAUUUCCAAUACCGCCUCAUCGCAUGAGUCCACUACUUCAAUACUGCGCAUCAACAGCAUUAAUGAGCUAGACUUUGGUGAUUAUUAUUGCAAUGCCACCAAUAAAUUGGGACAUGCCGAUGCUCGGUUACAUCUGUUCCAGCCUGUCAUACCAGUACCUUCCAUGUAGUCUGGCUGUGAAAACGAAAUCAUUUAAAAGUCUGAGAGAAUUAAGUUUCCAACAACAAAGAAAAUGACAUUUGCGGUCAUUCAGGUCAAGGAUGAUAAGGCAAAAGUCUUCUUAAACUGACGACAUAAAAUAAGUUAAUUUUUUUUAUGAAAAUCUUGUUUAUACACUAGGGUGGGUCAUUUUGUAAAAUGUAAAAAAAAACAAGUAAAAGUGCCUAACGAACGAAAGCAAACAUUUUUUUAUAAUAAUUUAUAUUUACUAAUUUCAAUAAAGUUUAAGCCAUUUUUUACUACAAAUAUCAAUAAA